GAAAUAAUGAAAGAUGACAGAUGACCAACAUUAUAUGCUCUAUAAAAGAUGACAGAUGACCAACAUUAUAAUGAAAGAUGACAGAUGUUUCCUUUUAAGCAGUCGCUUUGAUGCCCUCUGGUCUCGACCAACUAGUCUGAGUGAAAAUGCAAUUGCAUAGAGUUAAAUUUUCAGAAUCAAACUGAUAACGAUUAUAAUAAUCAACAAGCUGCAUCCGUUGCAAGUUUAUCUAUCCCUGUAACUGGGCUUGGAUCAAAUCCAGGUCUGCUGAAUCUGAUAUGCUUUAGAAACUCCCCAUCUCAAUAAACCACUACACCUACAAUUUCACGGGUAGAGAGAAAGAUAGAGUAGGUAAGAUGUGGGAGAAAGAGUGUAAUUUUCUUUCAAAUUCCAAGGGGGAAAAAAAGGAACUUCAUAGCCAGAUUUCAAUUGGGUUCUCAUCAAGAAGUCAGUUACCAGGAGUUAUAUGAGAUAAGGUAAUGAGAGAUGGAUUUACGGGGCACGUUUUGCAGUUUUGGCAAAUGGACUCAAGGAAAAAGAAUCAGAAUUCAGCAGUGAAUCUUUUACUGGUAAAUUAAUGUGAUUUUAAUUAUAGUAGCUAGAUGGACAUAUUGCCAGAUAAUGCUCAGAAUUUACUGCUAAACGUCAUAUAAAUGCAUCAUUUGACAACCAGACUCUUCCACCGCCCUCCCUCUGUGCCAAAAGAGAGAGCUGCAAUGGAGACUCUCCCUCAAUCCGUCAUGUUGGUGCUGCUUGUCAUUUCUUCUUUAGGCAGAACUGCCUCUGCAACGGUGUUUACGCUGUCGAACAAGUGCCCGUAUACCGUUUGGCCGGGAAGUCUAGCCGCCAAUGGAGCUGACAUACUCGGCGGUGGUGGAUUUGUCUUACCUUCUGGGGAGUCGGUUGCACUGACAGCGUCCCCGGGCUGGUCCGGCCGCUUCUGGGCACGGACUGGCUGCACGUUUGAUGCAUCUGGGAACGGAAAUUGCACUACUGGUGAUUGUGGCCGCCUGGCUUGUGCCGGCAGCGGCGGAGCGCCACCAGUCACAUUGGCGGAGUUCACCAUCGGCAGCCCGAAGGACUUCUAUGAUGUGAGUCUGGUGGAUGGUUACAACAUUGGGAUGGGUGUGCAAGCCAUUGGAGGAUCCGGUGACUGCCAAUACGCAGGCUGUUUGGCAGACCUGCGCGAGACUUGCCCUGCAGAGCUGCAGAUUCUGGAAAAUGGUGAGGUCGUGGCUUGCAAGAGUGCAUGCUUCGCCUUUAACACGCCGGAGUACUGCUGCACCGGUGAUCACUCGACCCCGGCGACGUGCCCCCCGACUCAGUAUUCGGCCUUGUUCAAGAAUGCUUGCCCCCGGGCUUACAGUUAUGCCUACGACGACGCGUCGAGCACAUGCACAUGUAGUGGUGCAGACUAUGCCAUCACCUUCUGCCCUCAGGGCGUAUAGUCCCCCUGCGAAUCUGUGUGUUUGCUAUAAUCACCUCUCAUGUGAGAGCUGUGAUAUAUUUAUGAAAUUUUACUGCAAGCGGUUGCUUCUGUUCUCAGGAAUCUC